GAAAUUAUUUCCCUUUGGUAUUUCUGCCGCAGAGGGCGCUGUGAUCCGCCAUAUUGGAGAAAAGCGAAAAAUUAACAAGAAAAUUUACACAGCAAAUGGAAAAUGUUUCCUAUUCAACCAGGUAUAAGCUCAAGCAUGAUGACGGGUCAGAUGAAUGGCUCGGUUGGUGGCCAGUCACCUUUUGUAUUCCCACCAGUGCAAUCAGAUGUACCACCACCAAGCCUGCCCUUUCCUGGGCUCCCAUCUGAUAUGCUUCAACCGCCGGUGACCGGUCCACCGGCACUUCCUCCGGGACCAGCACCAGUAGACUUCUUCUGCCCACCGAGACCGGACACCGGAACUGAUGGUCGCCCAAUUCUUCUUCGUGCUAACCAUUUUCAAGUGAGAAUACCAAAAGGGGCUAUCCAUCACUAUGACAUCUCAAUUACACCAGAUAAAUGCCCACGUAGGGUUAACAGAGAGAUCGUAGAAACAAUGGUGCAGGCAUAUCAACAAAAGAUUUUCCAGGGAUCCAAGCCAGUAUUUGAUGGAAGGAAAAACCUCUACACCAGAGAUCCACUGCCAAUAGGCAAAGACAAGGUGGAACUAGAGUUAACGCUCCCGGGUGAAGGCAAAGAUAGAAUAUUUAAAGUAACCAUGCGCUGGGUUGCCCAGGUGAGUUUGGCCGCGUUAGAGGAGGCACUACUGGGUCGGUCUCAGAGAAUUCCCAUCGAGGCAACACAGGCGCUGGACGUUGUCAUGAGACAUCUACCCAGUAUGAAUUAUACGCCAGUUGGUCGGUCUUUUUUCUCACCACCAGAGGGUUACGAUCAUCCGUUAGGCGGAGGUAGAGAGGUGUGGUUUGGUUUCCAUCAGAGCGUACGACCUUCACAUUGGAAAAUGAUGCUAAAUAUAGAUGUAUCAGCGACAGCAUUUUACAAAGCGCAGCCAGUUAUAGAGUUUAUGUGCGAGGUAUUAGAUAUGAAAGAUAUGUCAGAACAAAAACGUCCCCUCACUGACUCUCAGAGAGUUAAAUUCACCAAAGAAAUCAGAGGUCUAAAGGUAGAGAUUACACAUUGUGGACAAAUGAAGAGAAAAUAUAGAGUAUGUAAUGUGACACGUAGACCAGCACAAACACAAUCUUUCCCACUACAAUUAGAUUCAGGACAGACAGUCGAGUGUACAGUAGCGAGAUAUUUCCUGGAGAGAUAUAAGAUGAAGCUAGCCUACCCACAUCUACCAUGUCUACAAGUAGGACAGGAACAAAAACAUACAUAUCUACCACUGGAAGUGUGCAAUGUUGUUGGCGGACAGAGAUGUAUAAAGAAACUCACAGAUAAUCAGACUUCGACCAUGAUCAAGGCGACAGCUAGGUCAGCACCAGACAGAGAAAAGGAAAUUAACAAUCUUGUACGUAAAGCGAACUUCAACUCGGACCCGUACCUUCAGACGUUUGGAAUCAGUAUUAUACCACAGAUGGUGGACGUUCACGGCCGAGUCCUGAACCCACCUAAAAUUCAGUAUGGAGGAAGGACCAAGGCGCAAGCCAUUCCCAAUCAAGGUGUGUGGGAUAUGAGAGGGAAGCAGUUUUACAGCGGUGUAGAGAUACGAGUGUGGGCUAUAGCAUGUUUUGCUCCCCAGAGAACCGUCCGAGAAGAUGCGCUCAGGAAUUUCACCCAGCAGUUACAGAGAAUUUCCAAUGACGCGGGCAUGCCAAUACUUGGUCAGCCAUGUUUCUGCAAAUAUGCCACCGGACCCGAUCAGGUUGAACCGAUGUUCCGAUAUUUAAAGAACACGUACCAGGGCCUACAGGUGAUAGUUGUUGUUCUGCCUGGGAAAACACCGGUUUAUGCUGAAGUGAAGCGUGUAGGAGACAUAUGUUUGGUUUUUGCAACACAUUUUCAGGCAAAGAAAGUAAAAAAAGACAACCCACAGACCCUUCCCAACCCGUGUUCAAAAAAAAACGUGAAAAAUUGGAGGCAUCAAAAUAUAUCUUUCCCCAAGUUACGACCUACAGUAUUCCGAGAGCCUGUAAUAUUCCUAGGUGCUGACGUAACUCACCCGCCAGCUGGAGACGCAAGUAAACCUUCUAUAGCAGCUGUUGUUGCUAGCAUGGAUGCUCACCCUAGUCGAUACUCAGCCACCGUGCGGGUACAACAGCAUAGACAGGAGAUCAUACAGGAACUGGCUUCCAUGGUAAAGGAACUUCUCAUACAGUUCUACAAGUCUACGAGGUUCAAGCCCACUCGUAUCAUAUUCUACAGAGACGGUGUGUCCGAAGGGCAGUUUCAGUCGGUAUUGUCUCACGAACUGCGAGCUGUGCGUGAAGCGUGUAUGAAACUAGAGGCCGAGUACCAGCCAGGUAUUACAUUCAUUGUCGUACAGAAACGUCACCAUACUCGUCUCUUCUGCGCUGACAGAAAGGACCAGAUCGGCCGUAGUGGUAACAUUCCAGCUGGAACCACCGUUGAUGUAGGGAUCACGCAUCCAACCGAGUUUGAUUUCUACCUUUGUAGUCAUGCCGGUAUUCAGGGUACAAGCAGACCAUCUCACUACCAUGUAUUAUGGGACGAUAACCGAUUCUCGGCAGAUGAGUUACAGAUGCUCACGUACCAGUUGUGCCAUACGUAUGUCAGGUGUACUCGCAGUGUCUCCAUUCCAGCUCCGGCUUAUUACGCUCAUCUAGUAGCGUUCCGAGCUAGGUACCAUCUCGUAGAGAAAGAACACGACAGUGGCGAAGGCAGUCGAUAUUCCGACAACAGUGACGAGAGAGCACCGUCAGUGAUGGCACGUGCCGUUACCGUGCACCCUGACACUGUCAAGUUCAUGUACUUUGCAUGAGAUCCCCGUGCAAUUAUAGCAAUUCUAGAUCCACCACUUGUGCAUUGCGUGAAAUAUACUUGUGUAGCUAUUCUUUCAUGGUGAUGUGUACUUUCAGUCAAAACAUGCAAGCCCUUCCUUUUGCAUGGAAAAAAAAUUUGAGCGGAAUUUGAUAUGGGAGCAAGUUCAAAUUACUGACCAGUUUCUUCUCUUCCUUCACAGAAAAAACAUUUGCCAAAGAAAAUUUCAUGUGUUUUGUGGAGAAACUAGUAAAACAUAGUCGCAUUUUUUGUGCGUAAUGCAAGUUAUACGUGAAAAAGAAUUUGUUCAAAUAAUUGUGAAAGUAUUGGAAAAGUUGUGUUUUU